GGCAGGGCGUCCCUCUGAGUGAAAAACCUACCCCUGACAUCCUCUUCUAUACUUUCCUCCAAUCACCUUUAAAUUAUGGCCCCUGGUUUUAGCCAUUUCCACCCUGGAAAAAAGUGUGACUGGCCAGCAAUAUACUUGUCAGUGAGCUGCAUGCCCUGUCUCUUCUCAGUCCUGUCCCUAUGGUAACCCUAGUUGAUAUUUGACUGCCUAUUGAUCCUGUUUGAAGUUUGUCAGCAAGGGGACAUUGCCCUGAACACACGGCUGAAUGUUUCCUCCCCAAGCCUGACUGACUUGCAGUUUAACUUCUUGAUGAUCGAAGGGCUAUGCUUCAAUGGUUAACUCUGUUCUUGUGCGCCAUCGUUAUCGUAUCAGGGGCCCCGGAAUGCCACUAUUUCACUAAACUUCCAAUUACUGACACCUUCAUUGGAACCAAUGUGGAGGUGAAGCUACUCCUGUAUAUGAACAAGAAUUCAGAAUGUGCCAGCCUGAUUAAUGCCACACAUAUCAGCCCGCUGGACGUCAAGAAGAAGACAAUCUUUUUAAUCCAUGGCUACCGGCCAUUUGGAUCACCCCCAAACUGGUUGAACAAAUUGAUAAAGACACUGCUGAAUGUGGAUGACAUCAACCUCAUCAUCGUUGACUGGAACAGAGGAGCAACAACUAUCAAUUACUCAACUGCUGUCACCAAUACCAAGAAGGUUGCUGAAAUUUUGAAACCAGUGAUUGACAGCAUACUAGGUAAUGGCGGCUCCCUCGAUUUGAUUCAUAUGAUUGGUGUGAGUCUGGGCGCUCACAUAUCGGGCUUCGUCGGAAGCAUGUUCGGCGGAAAGAUUGGUCGGAUUACUGGUCUUGACCCAGCCGGGCCUCUGUUCAGAGCGAAGAAAGAGGAUGACAGGCUGGAUCCAAAAGAUGCUCUGUUGGUCGAAGUCCUACACACAGAUAUUGACGCUCUUGGCUACCGAGAUUAUUUGGGGCACAUAGAUUACUAUGCUAAUGGAGGGACUGACCAGCCAGGCUGUCCUGCGACCAUCCUGAGCGGAAAGAAGUAUAUGGUGUGUGACCAUCAGAGGUCGGUCUAUCUGUACAUAAACUCCAUGAACUCAUCGUGCAACAUCAUCAACUAUCCUUGUGCAUCGUAUGCAGAAUUCCUGGAUGCUCGUUGCACACAGCGUGACAGCACCUAUCCAAUAUUCGGCUAUCAUCUCGACAAGUGGACGAACCACAGCAGUGUCAUGAGGUUUCCAAAUAAAGUUUUCUUUCAAACUUCCUCUCAAGAACCAUACUGUAUGUAUUAUUACCUCUUGGACAUCAUCCCUUGGAACAAAAAUGCUCGAAAAGGCUACAUCACGAUUGAGCUAGAAGAUGGAAAUGGACUCAAGGUCAAGUCCAAAGACAAUCACUCUGCGAAAACCUUUGAACCGUUCAGGGAAGUUACUCUCCUUGUGAGUGUGGACCAAGACCUGAAGAAUAUCACUGGAAUCUCACUCAAAUACAGCUCAGCCCGUGUGGUGGAGCACAAGCUGACACUGGGAAUCUUGCGCUUCAAGCUGAGGUCGCUGAGUUAUCCUGACAGGCCUCCCUUGUGCAGGUAUGAUGUUGCUCUUCAGCGGGACGAGGAAGUGAAGGUCCAGCCUUUCGAAUGCAGGGUGCAGGAGAUGUAGGGAAAAACUCCUUCUCCACCACCCAUGUGCUCAGAAUGUCUUCUUCCUCUUCUUAAGCCCAUCAUCCCUACUGGAGCAUAGGCUGCAGGAAUCCGCUGUCUGGGCCAGUCUCCCCAGGUGUUGCCCAUCGUCUUGGUGUAUUCUUCCUCUCCCAGGGAUGAGAUCUUUGGAGAUUCUGUUGCCAUUCCGGUAGCUCUGAUUUUUUAUGGGAUGGGGUUGCCCCAUGCCCAACUCUCCUGCUUUUGCAGCCAAGCUUGGACCAUCCUUGGCGAGAGUUGUGCCGAGAAUGUAUCUGACACAUAAAACUUGCAAUUUUACAAAAUUCGGCUGCACUGUCUUCAUUCGUUGUAUGUAGUGCGUAGAACAUAGAGCACAGAACACAGAACAUUACAGCACAUUUCCUCCAGCAUUUUGUGUGCUUUGUUCAAGAUUUUCAAUAUCUGCAGGAUCUCUGGGAUUGAGACUGCGGCUGUACUGGAAGGGUCUAAUGGGAAAGUCUCACCUCCAACCGACUGAGGUCUCGGUACAUGUUAGAACUCUGUUAUAUUCUGUGGUUGGCCAGCAAGGACAGACAUGGUUCCCUAAGGGCUUUUUCAGUCUGAUUGGACUCUUUUGUUAUAGAUCACUGACUGCACAUGUUCCCAAUUAACUUCUGCGUAUUUAGACCCUGCUUAAUGUACCUUACUUUGCUCAGUAUUAAAGUGUCAUCUUGUAAGUGGUAAGAGCCAUUGCGUUUUUUCUAGUCUGUGUGGUUUUUUUUUUAAAAUCUCUGCUUCUUGCCUGCCGUUUCUGGAUCUUAUUUGUGCAUCCAGUUCUUGGAUUACUAAAUUUGCCUUUGGAUUACUGCAUUUUUGAGUUGGACUGGUUGCCUGUUUUUUGCCCAUCUUGGCCAAAAAAGUCAAAUUUGCUUUUGAAUCUGCACAUUAACUCCUGUCAGCAUCAUAGUUUCUGCAUUUGGGUUGACUCACAGUCCUCGAGUGACCCAACGAGCUGAGUUCGAUUCCCGAUCAGGCCACUUUCCCUGUGUUUGAGAGUUCUGCUGAUGAGAUGUUCUAUUUUACCAAAUCUUUCUGACAAAUCAGAAAUGCAAACUAUUCAACAUGAUGUACGAUGACCUCCUGUCACAGUGAUGCAGGACAUCCCAAAUUACAUCCUGAUGGACUCCUGGUCAAACUUGUUUACGAAGGAGCAUUGCAGGGCAGCAAGUCUGGGUUCAUUCUUCACAAAGCUGGGGACGGCUCAAGUCUCAGUACUACCUGAUUGUAUACAAGGUUCUGCACACAGCCACACACAACGGUGAUCAUCACGAGGGCUACACUGGGUACACUCCCCCCCCCCCUUUCCCAGGACAUGUAUGUCAUGUGUUGAAGGGUGCUGCACAGUAAUGUAGUGCUUAGAGUGACACCAUACAGCACCAGUAUGUUAAGCCUCCUCCCAGCCUGCUGCCUCCUCCUCCUCCCAGCCUCCUCCUCUUGUUGCCUCGUCCUCCUCCCUCCUGCUUUCUCCUCCCAGCCUGCACAUGCACGCACCUCCCAGUCUCCACCCAGCUGAUAGAAUUCACCUGCUGCUCAUUCCAGACUCAUCCCCUGCAGCCUAUUGAAACUCAGUUCUCAGCCACAGCCAGCUACAAAAAGUUGCUCCUGGCUUUCACUCUCCCUGGCUAAAGUUUCUCUAGUUGUCUGUUGUGUUUAGUUUCUCUUCUGUCUUUUUUUUGUUACCCCUCGCAUCUUGUUAUUUUGUGGUCUGGUAUUAAAGUUAUU